GGAAUUAAAAUUUCUCCUCAGGAGGGAGAAAAUGUUCGUGAAAUAGAGCUUCCGAAACUAAUCACCCAAAAUUAGCCGGCGACGGGCCGGAGAAUCACCGAGUGAAAUUCCCGGCGAGAAAUCCAAUUCGCCGACCAAAACGAAAUCAUAAAACACAAGCACGAAUUGAUUGAAGAUAAACUGCACGGAUAACGUCAAUAACAGGAAGCUGUUGAAGAGCAAGGUUCACCCAGCAAGGAUCUCGAACUAGUCCAAUCGCGGCGGAGUGCCAUGGCCGAACCUCGCCGGCAACAGGUGUCUCUGCGUGGGGCUAGCGCCAAGGAGAUCACGAGAGACGCCCUGAUUGAGAAGGUUUAUCAGGAGAGGGAGCUCCGGAAUUACACCCGGCGGGCAAACGCUGCUGUUUUGUUCAUUCAGAGGGUCUGGAGGAGGCACCAUGAGAUGAGAAUGGUGGCUCUGAAAAUGCGGGAUGAUUGGGAAACAAGGAUGAGCAAAUUCAGUGGUGCUUGUGCUGGAAUGCAGAUUUCGAUUGAAAUUUUGAGGCCUUUCAUUUUCUUUAUAAACUAUAUAUGUGUUCGCUGCGGGGAGAUCGGAGCUAGAGAUAGAGACUGCAUGAUAAGCUGCUUCAAAUUGGUUUUGGAGAAUGUAAAUUCGAAAGAAGUUAAGCAGAACUUUUUCUCAAUGGCAACCGGCAGCACUGAAGAGCGAUUGAUAUGGUCUCAUCAAUCAAAGAAGCUGAUUUCCAUUUGCUCGUUUGUUCUUUCCGUUUUCGACCACAUCCAUAAAAGUAAUCAAGACCUCGUCCUCACGUCAACCGCAAUGCGUUUAUCUGUUCUCUUAACAGAUCCAAAAGGUUGGAAUAUUGUUGCCGAUAAUAACCUCAAGGAUGCAUAUACUGCCGUGAAUAAUCUAGUGCGGUGCAUCGGGAGCAAGAGAAGCGGGCUGUAUAAUUGCAUCAGAAAAUUCAUUUCGAAAUUGGGGGCUCCUUUUUCGUCUCGGGAGUCGAAAUCUCGUCAGGCAGAUGAUUUAUUUUUAAUAGUUGCCAGUGCAAUAACACUUUCUUUGAGGCCAUUCCACUUAGCGAGCAUGGAAGUGAAUGAUGAUGGCUUGAUUGAGUGUGCUGUUGAGCAGUAUUGGGUCUCGCUACUCACGAUACCUUGGUUUCCUCACCGCUUGCCUGCAGUACUUGUGCCUGCUUUGAGACACAAGUCAGUUUUAUUACCAUGCCUCAGGGUGUUACUGGUUUUGAAGGACAAGAUUUUGAAGGAAAUAUCUGAAUUAGAUCAGCUGGAGAUAACGUCCAUGAAGAUGUCGGGCGUUGGUUGGGCUCUGGCAAAUAUUAUUUACCUUACGACAGCAAGUGAUAUGAGUGCACACAAUUCAGGAAAAUUCACUGAAGGUUUAGACUAUUCAUGUUAUCUACAAGUGAUUAUUUUACUUGCAGAAAAUCUACUUGCUUCACUAGAAAACAAAGAGAUAAGGAAAAAUGCAGAAACCGAAGUCUGUAGUGAUGCUUCUACUGAAUCGGCUUUUGACUUGGAUGGAGUAACUUGUGGGUUCUCAGAAAUAUCAUAUAUGGACCUUUUUAGGCCUGUUUAUCAACAGUGGCAUCUCAAGACAUUGCUGGUCUUCGCAAAAGAUGAGUCUGUACGUGGCACUAAUAUUGGCUCAUCUGAAGACCAAGAGCGUUCAUGGAAAUAUGGAUUGCUUGAUGUAGCGUAUUAUUAUUCCUGUAUGCUACGGCUAUUUUCGAUUUUGAAUCCCAUGUACAAGUCUUUGCCAGUCCUUAACAUACUGGCAUUUACCCCAGGAUUUAUUGGCAGUUUAUGGGGAGAAAUAGAAAAAUCACUCUUUCACAAAAGAAGUCAUGUUGCCAGCUCCCCAUCGCUCUAUGCAAAUACAGUUGUUGCAGAAAAAAGUGAAGGAGUUUCAGAGAGGAGUCAGAAGAGAUUUGGUAAAGACAGUGGCAAUAAAUGGGUUAACGUGUUGCAGAAAUUCAGUGGGAAGUUGCCUACAGAUAAGGAUUGUGUAAAUUCAGCUAAUAGCCAAUUGAGCUUUAGCCAAAGUGAGGAAAAUCCUUCUGAUGAGUGGGACAUUGAGACUCUGAGGCAAGGUCCUGAAGGCAUAUCGAAAGACGCACAUUGUCUGCUCCUCCUCUUCUGUUCCACUUAUUCACAUCUCUUGUUGAUUCUAGAUGACAUGGAGUUUUACGAUAAGCAGGUGCCAUUCACAUUGGAGCAGCAGCAGAAAGUUGCAUCCAUGUUGAAUACACUUGUCUACAAUUCCUUGUCCCGGUUUACUAGCUCUCGGAACAGGGCUCUCGUUGAUUCUGCUGUUAGAUGCCUUCAUUUGCUGUAUGAAAGGGAUUGCAGACGCCAAUUUUGUCACCCUUCUUUGUGGUUGUCGCCUGGUAAAAGUAACAGGAUGCCAAUUGCUGUUGCCGCCAGAACUCAUGAAGUGCUUUCAGCGGCAGAUGGGUCUCCUUCCUCGGGCAUGGGUUCCGUCAUUACUGUUAUGCCGCAUGUGUUUCCAUUUGAAGAAAGAGUAAAAAUGUUUAGAGAAUUCAUCAGCAUGGACAAAGUAUCAAGAAGACUGGCUGGCGAAGGCACUGGACCUAAUUCACGGUCAGUUGAGAUAGUUAUUCGCCGGGGUCAUAUUUUUGAAGAUGGUCUGCGGCAACUGAAUUCUAUGGGCCCAAGGUUGAAGUCAGCCAUCCACGUCUCAUUUGUUAGUGAAUCUGGCCUUCCAGAAGCUGGUCUUGACUAUGGUGGGUUGUCCAAGGAGUUCUUGACUGACAUCUCAAAAAUAGCAUUCUCACCAGAGUAUGGGCUUUUCUCUCAGACGUCUACUUCCGAUCGGCUUCUAGUACCAAAUCCAACGGCAAGAUUUCUGGAUAAUGGAAUACAGAUGAUUGAGUUUCUAGGAAGAAUUGUAGGCAAAGCUUUGUAUGAAGGGAUCCUCCUCGAUUUUUAUUUUUCACAUGUUUUUGUGCAAAAAUUGUUGGGCCGAUAUAGCUUUUUGGAUGAGCUCUCUAUGCUUGAUCCUGAGCUUUACAGAAAUCUCAUGUAUGUGAAGGUGAAUGCUCUAUCAAAUCACUGGAAUUUAAUGAUGUUUGCUGUUAUAGUUAUCAUCCAUUAUGAUGGUGACGUCAAGGAUCUUUCUUUAGAUUUCACGGUUACUGAAGAAUCACUUGGAAAGAGACAUGUUAUUGAACUCAAACUGGGUGGGAAGGAUAUCUCUGUGACAAAUGAGAACAAGUUGCAGUAUGUCCAUGCAAUGGCUGAUUAUAAACUUAACCGGCAGAUACUUCCUUUCUCGAAUGCAUUUUAUCGAGGGUUGACGGACUUGAUAUCCCCUUCUUGGUUGAAAUUAUUUAAUUCAAGUGAAUUUAAUCAGUUUGAUGCCUUUUCCAAUUUGAUGCUGUAUUANAUUGAUGUUGAUGAUUUGAGGGCGCACACACAAUAUACCGGGGGUUAUAGUGAAGGGAGUCGAACAGUAAAACUAUUUUGGGAGGUAUUUGCAAGAUUUGAGCCAAGAGAACGCUGCACACUUCUUAAAUUUGUAACCAGCUGUUCUCGAGCACCUUUGCUUGGGUUCAAACACCUUCAUCCGGCUUUUACGAUCCAUAAGGUGGCUUGUGAUGUUCCUAUUUGGGCUUCGUUUGGUGGCCAGGACGUGGAUCGCCUUCCAUCAGCUUCUACAUGUUAUAACACUUUAAAGCUCCCGACAUAUAAACGCGCAAGCACUUUGAGGGCAAAGCUUCUUUACGCCAUUAACUCUAAUGCGGGAUUUGAACUUUCUUAAUAUCUUGUGAUGACAAAUGAUGAAAGGUGGGUUUUGUUUGUUUGUUCUUAGCUGACAUUUGACUUCUUGUUAUGUACCUGUGGUUGCUACAUUAUCAUUUAAACUAAAACCAAAGCUCACAAAAAAAAUGAAUAAAAAAAAUAAAAAAAAAAAAGAAAGAA